GUUUUUUUCUGUAGAUGUGUGCUUUUUCGUUUUUGUUUAGUUUAGUUUUGUUUCCUUUCCCUUUUUCUUUUGUUUUGUUUUUUUUUUUGUAUGUUCGUGUUUUUUUUGUAUAGUAUUAUUUUGGAUUCAAUGUUUGUAAUUUUUGUUAUGAUUCUGCAUUGGGAAAAAAAGAAAAAGAAAAGAAAAACAAAUGGUUUGCAACACGUCUAUGCCUUCUGAGCUCAGCGCACAUUCUUGCAUCUUGUGGCCUCACUCAUACCAUUUCCCACCCCUCUGAACAUUCAUGCGUUUGUAGUGAUUAGAUGGAUAAAUUGGUCCCUCUCAACUCUACGAUUCUAUGUCCGAGUGCAGAUUCAAACCCUGCACUCCCAGGUCCAACACUGUCUAAAUCAUUACGCCACACUGGCUCCCACUUUGCCACUCAGCACCUCUCGGUCCACUUCGCAGGGAUGUUGUGCAAACAAGGGGGAGAAGGAGGGAGGAACAAGGUAAUCUGGGGUAAUUUUCGGGGAGACAAGUCAGAUGCAUAAUAAAACAAGCAUGCUGUAAUCUGCAUUUCGUGCACACUGGGCCCAACAAAAUUUGCAGCAUCAGCACCAACAUUAUUCCAGGGGUGCCAAUUAUCACCAUUAUCAUUAGUCUAUGCCAACUUCCAUUAUGAUCAUUGCUGUAUUCUGUAUCACCCAGGGGGUGCCCAACUUGCAUAAAAUAUUGGGGGCCUCAGGGAAGCCCCAUGGUGCGCACACACACACACACACACCCCAUUUGAAUGGGAAUUCCCCUCAAACGUCCCCCUCAAAUAUUUUAUUGGGGGGACACACACACACCAAAGGAUCCCCUUCGCCUGAGGAUCCCAGGGCCGCCUUUAAACACACACAAAAAGCACGCAACCACACAACCUCCCUUAGGGGCCCUCAAGUUUCUUUGCACACCCCCCCCCACUUUGAGCAAAGGGGAGCAGGCCCAAAAAGGAGAGGCGGGUAGGGGGAGGAAGAAGGAAGGACCCCCCCACACCCCGCUCCAAGCCCAGCGAGGCCUGGUGAGACCGGAGGCGACGGUGGCAGCCUGUGCCCGGUGAGGAGGAGGAGGGUGUGAGGGCGCCUCUCUGUCUCCCUCUCUCCCCUCAGAAAGGCACCCAUGGGCGCGAGGGAGCGCCUCCGCCAGGCAGGUAGGCCCAGCCGCCAGCCCGCUCUCUCCCAGCCACUCACUCGCUCGCUCGCUCGCUGGCUCCGCUUCCUCGCCUCAGCCGGGCCUUCUUGUCGUCGUCGCCGCCGCCGCCGCCGCCUCUUCCUGCCUGGCCGCCGCCGACCACAGCGAGGCGGAGCGGGGCGGGGAAGGGGGCGGGCGCACGCCGCCUCGCGCCCGCCUACUGACGGCCGGAGAGGCCGCGGCGCGCCUGCCGCCUCCGCCGCCGGGCCGGGCCGGCAUCUUCCUCAGGGAAGGAAGCCCGUCGGGGGCGCUGAGGCGGCGGGAGGGCCUCGCCCGCCUUCCUCCGUCGGACGGGAAAGGCUCCCUCAGAGAUCCGCGCGCGCAGGAGCGAUAUCCUAUAUACUCUCUUUUUUCUUUUCUUUUUUUAAAAAAAAUUAUUGGUUGUCACAACAUUAAAAACAAACAAACACAUAAAACAAACAAACAUAAAUCAUAAUCUUAUUAAAAAUUGCACUUAUUAACAUUAAGUGACUUCCUCACUUCCCCUUGGUUGAAUUUCAUGGCAUGUCCUUUUAACGGUUUUCCAAAUCACAGUUCUUAAAAUAAUUUCACUUAAACAUUAACAUCCUUAGAUCUUUACGUUAUGAAAUCAAACACAUUAAUUCAUCACUUAAAUAAAAUCCUAAACCAAUUAAGUAUCUAUUGUAGCCUUAUGAGGCUUUGCCCUCGGGUGGGAAAAAUAUUGCGCCUCAGAAAGGGAAAUGGGAGUCAACAGACACUCAAGGAAUAGUUUCGGAGAAAAGGCUUUUAUUUCUACCAUCCAUGAACUGGUAGAAGGAGCAAGUGUGAUAGUUCACAAAAAGCAUGCACGAGUUCACAAUCAUGUGCACAAGCAUAUACAGUGGUGCCCCGCAAGACGAAUGCCUCGCAAGACGGAAAACCCGCUAGACGAAAGGGUUUUCCGUUUUUGAGUUGCUUCGCAGGACGAAUUUCCCUAUGGGCUUGCUUCGCAAGACGAAAAUGUCUUGCGAGUCUUGAGAUUUUUUCGCUUCCCCCCUUUUCUAAGCCGCUAAGCCUUUAAUAGCCUUUUAGCAGCUAAGCCGCUAAGCCGAUAAGCCUUUAAUAGCCGCUAAACCGCUAAUAGCGCUAAUCCGCUAAUAGGGUUGCUUCACAAGACGAAAAAACCGCUAGACGAAGACACUCGCGGAACGGAUUAAUUUCGUCUUGCGAGGCACCACUGUAUACCCUUCCAGUUCCCUCCUCCUUUCUCCUCCCUCGGGAGUCCUGCCCCUGAGUUCCUCUGAGCAUGAACAGAAAGCUCCUGCUUUGGGACUAUUUUGGACUCUUGGCGCCCUUCCCAGGAAAGGGGUUUCAGAGUGUUCAGAUAUGUUUCAAUCUCUUGUUCUGGCAUGGAUCCCGGACAGAAAGCAAGUUGCAAUGUGGUUCUUUAGCAAGGCCAGAAGGCAUGAGAAAGGCCUGAGAAACAAUGGACUGUUCUCUACCUUUGUUACAGCAGAGCAGAAUGUUUCUGAUGCUUAGCUGCUGAGAAAAUGAUUUUGAAAAGCUUUGAGAAGCUUUGAGCCUGCUUUGGUGGGGGUGACUUCGGGCCUAGGUGAGGUCACCUGUCCUCACCUUCCUUCACUAUAUCGUAUAUUCUCUGCGCGCACGCGCGAGUUUUCGGGGGCUUUAGUUUUGUUUGUUUUUUAGUUUCUUAUUUAUGCUUUUCAAAUUUAUAAAUUUCAUUAGUUUGACAGUCAAUUUAACAUUUCCAAAUUUUGACUUCCUUCCCCCUCUUUCUGCGGUUCCUUAAAUUAUUAUUUUUUAAAAAAUAUCUUCUGCAUAUUCAAGUUGCUCUUUGAUUUAUCUCCUGCAAAUAUAUGCUCUUGUGAAACUGCAGGUUAUUAUUACAUUAAUGCUGCCAAUGUUUUUUAUCCGUUUACACUUUAUCUGUAAAUAUUCAAUAAAUCAUUUCCAUUCUUUCUUUUUUUUAAAAAAAAGUUUAUCUUGAUUUCUUAUUCUUCCGGUUAGUUUCGCCAUUUCUGCAUAUUCCACAAGUUUUUGUACCCAUUCUUGUUUUUCUGGGACUUUUCUGCUUUUUUCCACUUUGGGGCAAAUAACAUUCUUGCUGCUGUAGUAGCAGACAUAAAUUUCUCCACAAUUUAAGUAGUUCUGUCCCUAUAAUUCCCAACAGAAUUUAGCUCUUAAGUGCGACCCCCCCACCACCAAAAAAAAAAAAGCUGAACAAGAGUGCCUCGUGCUGCAACAUUUUGUUGCUGCUGCCAUGCGAUGUCCCUGCUCGCAAACUCCAGGUUGCAGAUUUUCUCCCUUUGAGGAGAAAAUCGGAUUUCUUGCUCAGUCUCUGGGCCACAAGCCUGGUGGGUCAGGAACGAGCCCCUCACUCCUGUUCCGGAUCCAGAUUUGGAACCGAUGUGUGACCCGCAAGUUGCAUGGACACCUUGGGGUGGCACCCGGCAGGACUGCAGUAGGUGCAGAAUGCUACAGCACAAUUGCUGACGAGAGUGAGGUCUGCACUGGUUGCAGGGCUUGAGUUCAAGGUUGGCGUAGCAAUAAUAAUAAGAAUAAAUUUUAUUAUUUAUACCCCGCCUGUCUGGCUGGGUUUCCCCAGCCACUCUAGGCAACUCCCAACAGAAUAUUAAAAAUACAAUCAAACAUUAAAAACUUCCCUAAACAGGGCUGCCUUCAGAUGUCUUCUAAAAGUCAGAUAGUUGUUUAUUUCCUUAACAUCUGGUGGGAGGGCGUUCCACGGGGUGGGUGCCACCACCAAGAAGGCCCUUUGCCUGGUUCCCUGUAACCUCACUUCUUGCAGGGAGGGAACCGUCAGAAGGCUUUCAGAGCUGGACCUGUGUCCGGGCUGAACGAUGGGGGUGGAGACACUCCUUCAGGUAUACUGGGCCAAGGCCGUUUAGGGCUUUAAAGGUCGGCACCAACACUUUGAAUUGUGCUUGGAAACGUACUGGGAGCCAAUGUAGGUCUUUUAGGACUCGUGUUAAACGGUCAUGGCGGCCACUCCCAGUCAUAGCAAGCCAUUAACGCCUCGGGAGCAGUUCAUCUGCAAGAUGGUCUUUACCCACAAGCGCCCACCCGGCUGUUUCGGAUCAGCAGUGCCACAUGAUGCCCAUUCUGUGUUGGUAAGAACUUGAUUGUUUAGUGUGCCCUUUGGAACUCCCCGCUUGUUGAGAUCAAGCAGGCGCCUCCAUGGCACUGCACGGUGCCUGCUAAAAGCAUUCCUCUUCAGACAAUCCUACCCAGGUGCUUAGAAAGCCAAGGUAGUUUAAAUCUGUUUUAGUAUUUUAAGUUUUAAAGUAGGGUUGUGAAUUUUCAUCAGUUUUAACUAUUCUUUCUUUCGUAAAAGCCAUGUUGAGGUUUUUUUACAAUCAAGCAGUGCGUGCAUGCGCAUAAAACGUUAUGGUUUUCCCUCCUUCUAUGGCCUUUGGAUAUAAUAUUGGGGAGAACAGAGGUUUGCUGUGGUUCUUCAUUGUCUCUUCCUGUAUGGCAGGUUUGUGGCACCUGUGGCCUUCCAGGUGUCCUCAUCAAAGUGCCAUACCAUGUUGUCUUCCCAUUUCCAUUUCAGGCAAAUAUCUGCUAAGUAAACAAACAAACCCCACAAGGAGAAGACAUCCAACAUCAUCAGGGGAGCCACAAGUUCCUUUUUCUUGCUGUGCGGCUUGUAGGAUCAUGCAGAGCUGCUGCUGUACUGUGAUGGCCUGGGAUUCAGACUCGGAGGCUGAACCUGAGGAAUGCCAGCCUGCACAGGAGUCCCCGCCUCCAAAACCAGCUGAGCCAGGGCUAGGGCAUGAGCCUGAAGGGUCCUCACCUGUGCUGGGUCCUCAGGUGUAGGCACCAGGUGAGUCUGCUGUGGCUCCAGAGGUGAUGGAGGACCCAUUGCCUGCAGGUGCUCCACUCUCAGCCCUGUCAGGGGAAGCUGAGGUUGCCUCUGGGUCCGGUAACCCUCCAGCCUCUCCUGAGCUGCAGAGGCUCAGGGCAGAGAGGCGGAGGGAACUAAGUUCUCUCAGGAGGAGUGCUCACCUCCAGGCCAGGAGAGGCAAGUCACCUGUGGACCGGGGCCGCCCUAUGCCUCGGGGCAGAUAAAAGCCAGCCAGCCCCAGUCCCAUGUUGCGGGAGCAACAUUGUUGGUAGCCUGUUCCUGCCUGCACCCUGUCCUGCUCCUCUGCCAGAGUUCCUGACCUCACCCGACUCCCUGCCUUGGAGCCCGCUUCAGCUUUGACGGACAGCCUCCUUGACCUCGGACUGUACACAGACUUCGCCGCAUGGUUAGCCCUCGGGACCAGCACACGUACUCUACAACAAUUUACAGUUUGAGUCCUAAGUCACAGCUUGGUCCUGUGCAAAGUUAGGCAGACCUAAAUCCCAUUGAAGUGAGUGGGCCUAACCUAACCCAAUCUGUUUGUUAAGGAAAUCUCUUCUCUCUCUUUGGCAAUCACUUGUAGCCGAGUAAGAUAAACACAGUUUUAACAAUGAGUCUGUAAGUAACUGUGGAGGCCAAUUUUGGAUCCACACUUCUGGAUCCACAUGUCCUUCCACAGUGGGAACAUAUGUUUCGGGGCAGAAGUUGAUCACGGUGUGGAUUUGCUAAGUGUGCCUUCCUCUUAGCACGUUUCCCCCUUGCGUCCUGAGUUCGAGCGUCUUCAAAUCCCAUGACACCUUUGGUAAAGGCUGUUCUCCAAUUGGAGCGCUCGCAGGCAAGUGUUUCCCAAUUGUUGGUGUUUAUACUACAUUUUUUCAGAUUUGCCCUGAGACAGUCUUUGAACCUCUUUUGUUGACUACCAACAUUACUCUUUCCAUUUUUAAGUUCAGAAUAGAGUAGUUGCUUUGGAAGACGAUAAUCAGGCAUCCGCACAACACGCUCAGAAACCUCAGAGACUUGUGCUUCCCAUGCAUAACGGCCUGGAUUCAGUCUUUGUCAUGCGUGCCAUGGAAACAAGGAAGGCCACUUUCAGACUGUCGCACCUCGACUGUGCGCUCUGCAUUUUGCUGGUAUGUGACUGAAUCCCACGGCUGUAAACUCUAUUGCAGUCAAAUUAAAUAAAUAAAUGCAACCACAGCAACAAUCCCCCAUGGAAAGGUCAUAGGAUUGGUGGAAUUAUUUCAUACGCUUGCCAUAAAUUUGGGGGUGUCUUUAUUGAAACAACAUAGAACAAACUCGCCUGUAAGAAGCAAGUAACUGCGUCAGGGAAUUGUGAGGCGAAAAUAAGCAAUCAUUAACCCAACGGAGAAGAUACUCUGACCUUAUAAUGGAGGCAAGUCCCAUUAUAAGUGAAAUACAAUCCCAGCAAUAUAUUACCGAGAGAGGCCAUGAAGAUGGCUUAGGUUAAGAAGAUUUGUAUGUCGUUUCUAAUUAAGGGCAGGAUUUUAAGAAGCUUUCCUGACCUUGAAACCACCAAAGCUAAAAUUGGAACUGUAAUCCCCACUUCAAAAGGUCCAAGAAGUUGCUCCAUUGUGCUAUAUGGGGAGACUCAUUUCGGUGCUGUAAGCUUGUGUGGGAAGCCAGUGAAUAGCCAGGGCUUAUGCAGUAUAAACGGCUAACGAAACAGGGCACUGAGAACAUAAAGGGCAAAACUGCAUCCUUGGGAAGCUGUCACAGGCAAUUUGGAGUCAUCAAAAAAAACACCUGGCCACCUCGCUGUUCGCUCCUAACUCCACCAGGUAAUUUAUGAACAACUUAAAUAGAACCAGCUUUGGAGGAACCUGAUUCUUGCAUCCUUCGCUUGUGAUUUUCAAGCAAUAGGGGACAUUGAUUUUUAAUUAAAUCUAUUUGCAUUCAAAAGGUAGACUUCCCCACUCAACAUUGGGCAAGUCAGGGACUGAGCAUGUGGGGCAAAAAUGCACAGGGAUGUUGCCCCUGCCUCCUAUCCACAAAUACACCAGAGCAGACCUUUAGAAAGUGGUAAAUACUGAUGAGCGUUUAGCUCAGCAUAACCUUGACUCUCAUAACACCAGUAAUAAGACUAGUAAUUAUUAAUAAUACUAUUACUAGUAUCAAAGAAGGAACACAUGAAAAUUAAAAUUCCCAAUUAAGCCGAUCUUUAAAAUUCUUUAUUUUUGCUAUUAGGCAAUCACAUUUAUCAAAUAUCACAUAUUAAAUCAUGAAUCAAAUUUGCAUAGAUUUGCCUACCUAAAUCCAUAUCAAGAAUAACCAGUAAACAAAUUUAUUUAUUUUAUUUCACAAUAAUUUAUUUUAUUUCGCUGCUUGGUUGUAAACAAAAACCCCAACAACCUCAAAAGUGCUUUACACAAAGAUAAAACAAUGAAAUCGAGGAAAAUUCAUGACCCCGCUUUAAAACAUACCAAAGUUAAAAUGCUAAAACAGAUUAAAAUCACCUCAACUUUCUAGGUGUCUGGGUAGGCUUGUCUAAACAAUAAUGUUUUUAGCAAGCGCCCAAAAGAAUGCAGUGAAGACUCCUGCUUGAUCUCAAUAGGCAGGGAGUUCCGGAGUUGCAUGUGCUGCCACACUAAUACUGAUUGAACACUGGGGGAAAUAAUAAGAAAAAAAUGUUCAGCACAGCGCUGUGUUGUUUCUGUAGUCGUUAAUGAAGCCUCCUGGGAAAUCUCUACUUUCCAGAGACAGUGCAGUGUAGAGAAGUGUUGUACCUGAAUAGUUCAACAAGCUCAAUUCAAGGCGCUCCCCCCCCCCCAUGAUUUUUAAUCCAAUAUCUUGGAUUAGCUCAGAGUGGGGAACCAUUAGCUCUGCCCUUGCCUUUUUCUUACUAUAUAAAAUAACUCUUGAGUGUCAUCACGUUGCAGUUUGCUUGGCCACAGACAGGUGGUGCUGCAAGCAUGGCAAGACAGAGUCACUCCACAAUUCUAUGGAAGAAGGUCUAAGAAGAGAGAAGAGGCUUAGCAAUGAAAAAAACCACACUGAAAACAAUUUAAGCAUUUACGAGAAAGAAUGCGAUGACAAAAGAUAGGGUACCUUCCAAAAAAUAUACACCUCAGGUGUCAAAGGUGUUAGAUUUAGCAAGCAAAAGUGUCAUGGAAGGCUUAUAAGACGCACCAGUCAGGAAGUUAGACAAUAAUUUUAUUGUUUCUUUUAAACAAGAACGGAACAGUAAUAGGAAAGUGAACUAUUUUCCUUGCCAAUGAAAAACACUGUUCAUUUCUGUUUGUUUGUUUGUUUGUUUGUUUUAAAAGGAGGUUCCUGACACUUUUAAUCACACAUGUCAUAUGGCAACAUUUCCUUGAGUGCUUUACUAAUUGAGCAGCACACAGAAUUAACAGAGAAACAAAUCGGCAACAAAACAAAACAAAACCCUCUGAGACAACUGAUCCUACGUUCUUCAGUUAGACCAUGGAGCAGAAUAGCUGGUCAUAGGGACAGCCUAUGACCCUUUAAAAAUCUACAGUUAUCUCAAUAUCCCCACUGCCACCUCUUCCCCCCCCAUCCCAAUUAUGCUUCUUGCGGCACUUCAUAGAGGUCAGAAACAUGUAGAUGUUCCUGGCAGGCAACAGAUUAAUUAUUUGUUAGACAAACCACCUCCCUGGGAGUAUCAGAGAACAAUUUUAUCCUUUAUCCUGCUGAUGUCUCCAGCCCAGUCACAUGCCAGCUUUAAGGGUUGCUUUGGAAACUGCUCUCUGGGAGGUGAGGGACUCUUGGGUUCAGUUAGCACCACAAACGGGCGGAAACAAACAAACAGAGGUGAAGCACCUUUGGGCAGGGGGGUGCAGCAGCUUCAUAGCAUAGCUUUGUGAAAAUCGACCCAUCUUUCCUGCUUUUGGGCGAAGAGAGUUUCGCACCUCAGCGCAGCACGCCUGAUUCUGCGGCACAUGAGGUAUGGCAGAGUUUUUCCCAAUCCGUAAAGUGAGCCAGCGCGGCAUGUUGGAUAAAGUGUGUGACUUUUGAACGCAGGGCAUUCGGCCUAAGCUUCCUCACUGGGUUGCAGAAUAAAAGGGGGGAGAUCGGUCACGAAUGCUGCCCUGAGCUCUUUGGUGGAAGGGUGCAGCUGAAAUCAGAGUGAAUCAGGUACAAUUCUGCAACAGCAGGCUCUCCAAAACUUGAUUUCCCGCAAUUGAAUUCCCAGCCUUUGCUUAUUCCUCUAGCCUCUUGUAAGAAUGAAUGACCUUUUCUGAAAUGUAAUGCUGUAAAAUGCAUUAUGAACAAAACAGAAUCAUGAGACUCAUCUAUGAAAGGGAGAGAGGGUUGAAAUUUUGUAACUUGAAUUUGGUUGUUUGGGUGGGGCUGAGUGAGCUUUGUAUUCUAUGGCUAGAGACACCGGCGGUUGUUCACAAAAAAUACACCUUAGCCUCUUCACUGGUUUAUUUCCCCAGGACACAAUACAUUCUGGAGUUUGGGGUUGGGCUGCCAUCAGUGUGCUGAUGACACCCAACUCUGUCUGUUGAUGGAUGGCCAUCCUGACUCAGCCCCAGACACACUGAUCAGAUGUUUGGAAGCUGUGGCUGGAUGGUUACGUGGGAGCCGGUUGAUGUUAAAUCCUUCGAUGACAGAGGUCCUUUGGCUGGGUCGGGACGAUAUGGGAUUGGGGGGAGCAACUCCCAUCUCUUGCGGGGGCGCAAUUAGUGCCAGCACCGUCCGUUAAGAGUUUGGGUGUAAUCUUUGACACCUCCCUUUCCAUGGAGGCGCAGAUUGCAGCUAUAACAAAGGCGGCAUUUUUUCAUCUCCGCCAAGCUAAGCAGUUGGCUCCUUACCUCUCUCUCCCUGACCUAGCCACUGUGAUCCACGCGACGGUCACCUCCAGACUGGAUUAUUGUAACUCACUCUACGUGGGGCUGCCCUUGAGACUGACCCAGAAACUCCAGCGGGUGCAGAAUGCCGUGGUGAGACUCCUUAUGGGGUCCUCGCUGCGGGAUCACAUUCACCCAGUGCUAUAGCAGCCUCACUGGCUCCCGGUGGAGUACAGGAUCAGGUUUAAGGUGCUGGUUUUAACUUUUAAAGCCCUAUACGGCCUAGGACCAUCGUACCUACUGGACCGCCUCUCCUGGUAUGUCCCACGGAGGACUUUACGGUCUUCAAAUAAAAACAUCUUGGAGAUCCCAGGCCACAGGGAGGUUAGGCUGGCCUCAGCCAGAGCCAGGGCUUUUUUGGCUGUGCCCCCGAUCUGGUGGAACGCUCUGUCACAAGAGACUAGGACCCUGCGGGACUUGACAUCUUUCCACAGGGCCUGCAAGGCGGAGCUGUUCCACCAGGCCUUGGGCACAGCCUGACCCCUUCCUUUGGUAAUCCUCACAGAACUCUAGCCCAAUGGUUGCCAUUAAUUUGAUUUGAACUGAUUUUAUAAUGAAUUGAUUUUAGAAUGCUGUGUUAUUUUACUGUUGUUAGCUGCUCUGACCCCAGCUUCGGCUGGGGAGGGCCGGAUAUAAAUAAAAUUUUAUUUUUAUUAUUAUUCCCAAUACUGAAUGCACAGAAGCAGCAUGCCACCAUACCUUAAACCAGGUGGUGGUGGUGAGAGUCUAUGGCAGAGCAAAAACCAAAUUCUGUGCCCCUGUGUCCCUGCCUGCCUACUCAAUUCUAUAUUUUUGACCAACAGUGGCUCUGCAAAAGUCAAAAGGGUCAGUGGCACCUGCAGCGUGCAUGAACAGCACACUGUGUGUCUAUACAGAAGGCACUCAGAGCUUCAGUAAGCCAGCUGUUCUUUCACUGUGACCUGGGCAAAAGUUGGAAGUGGGCCACUUUUUCCUCUUAUCGCCCAUUGACUGCAGUGGCAAGGAAUUUCUCACACCAUUAUGUCAUCUUUCCACCUCAAAGAGCCUACAGUGGUACCUCGGGUUAAGAACUUAAUUCAUUCUGGAGGUCUGUUCUAAACCUGAAACUGUUCUUACAGGGGUAGGCAAACUAAGCCUCGGGGGCUGGAUGCGGCCCAAUCGCCUCCUCAAUCCUGCCCGUGGACGGUCCGGGAAUCAGCGUGUUUUUACAUGAGUAGAAUGUGCCCUUUCAUUUAAAAUGCAUCUCUGGGUUAUUUGUGGGGCCUGUCUGGUGUUUUUACAUGAGUAGAAUGUGUGCUUUUAUUUAAAAUGCAUCUCUGGGUUAUCUGUGGGGCAUAGGAAUUCGUUCAUAUUUUUUUUCAAAAUACAGUCCAGCCCACCACAUGGUCUGAGGGACGGUGGACCGGCCCACGGCUGAAAAAGGUUGCUGACCCCUGCCUUAGAUGUUUGCUGCCACUCACCUUUUAGGUCUCUGAGGCCUUCCAGAAGAUUAUAAUUCCAUAAUGAUUUAGCAUUUUUAACCUUCAUGACAGCAGUUUACUCUUCUGUUUUAAUUGCAGAGGUGCUCCCAUGCCUGUAUAAUUAGAAGACCUGCUUGUCAAGAGAGCCUACGGUAUAUGUCACACCAUCAAUAAAUAUGUAAUAGAAAUAUAGGAAGGUGCCUUAAUUAUAAUCAUCCGUUGGUUGGCUUGUGACUGCUUGUUUAUUCCACAUAUAUCAACAUAUGUUCUCCGUUGCAGAAUAGUUAAUAAAUAUUGAGCUGGAGAAAGCAGCCGCUGGCAGUCUGGGACUUGCUUUGGUGGAAUGACCGGGCAAUCGUGAGAAAAGCUGCCAGCCAAGUCUCCAGGUGCGUAGCAUCUUACUGAAGGUAACAUUUGGAUCCCAUUGAAAUUAAUGAGACGUACAUCAUCACUAACUUGUCACAUUCAUUUCAGUAGGGAUUCAGUUAAUCUAACGUAGUUUGGAACCAACCCGUUCCGCUACUCCUAAUGAUAGAGAUUUGUGUACAGUGGAACAUCAGGUUAAGGACUUAAUUCGUUCCAGAGGUCCGUUCUUAACCUGAAACUGUUCUUAACCUGAAGCAUUUAGCUAAUGGGGCUUCCUGCUGCCGCCGGAGCACGAUUUCUGUUCUCAUCCUGAAGCAAAGUUCUUAAGCUGAAGCACUAUUUCUGGGUUAGCGGAGUCUGUAACCUGAAGCGUAUGUAAACUGAAGCAUAUGUAACCCGAGGUACCACUGUAUCUCUUGUCAAGAGCAGGUCUACCAGCUGGAUAACUCAACUGGUGUGGUGCUGUUAACACCAAUGUUACCAAGGUUUGGUAAUAGCUGCAUAUUCCUGCAUUGCAAGGGGUCGGAGUAGAUCAGGCAUCCCCAAACUCGGCCCUCCAGAUGUUUUUUGGACUACAACUCCCAUCAUCCCUAGCUAACAAGACCAGUGGUCAGGGAUGAUGGGAAUUGUAGUCACAAAACAAUUGCAUGGCUGAGUUUGGGGAUGCCUGGAAUAGAUGGUGCUCAGGGUCCCUUCCAACUCUAUGAUUCUGUGAUCGGGGUGGCUGAAUGAAGCAGACAAACUUGUAUAAUCCACAUUAAACAUUGGAGUCAUGAUAGCUAGACUGUAAGGUAAAGGUAACGGACCCCUGACAGUUAAGUCCAGUUGCGAACGACUCUGGGGUUACGGUGCUCAUCUUGCUUUACUAGCCGAGGGAGCCAAUGUUUGUCUGCAGACAGUUUUUCCAGGUCAUGUGGCCAGCAUGACUAAGCCACUUCUGGCAAAAACAGAGCAACGCACAGAAACACCAUUUACCUUCCCACCGGAGCGGUACCUAUUUAUCUACUUGCACUUUGACGUGCUUUUGAACUGCUAGGUUGGCAGGAGCAGGGACUGAGCAACGGGAGCUCACCCCGUCGCAGGGAUUCGAACCACUGACCUUCCGAUCGGCAAGCCCUAGGCUCAGUGGUUUCUGGGUCCCCGUUGAUAAACAUAUAGGACUUCUGAGAUAUCUGAUAAAGCCACAGCACUUAGGAAAAUUAAGUAUUAUAGCACAGCAUUUGUCCUUUUUUAACGGAGCUGCCAGAACACAGCCAGCUGAGAAGCAUUGGGUAAUAGUGCACAGCCACUAGGACUGUGAAUGAAGCUGCAAUUAUAGUGUUAAGUUGUGGGGGAACAUAUCAGACGACACAGCAAUUCUUCAAACAGCUCUUGUUUAUUCACAGGCCAGAACAGAACUGAACUGAAGGGUACAGCCAGCCUGCUUAUAUAGAGCUCCAAUAGAACGCAACAGUAACAACUUUCUGUAACUAUCCAAUCAGUGAACGUCACUUUCGAUCCCUUAUUUGCAUAUGUGGACCUGAACUAUCUACAGUAUCCCCCUGCUGGCCCAGGGUGAGAACUUCAGUACAUAACAUAUAGGACAUCUUGCCCCAGAAUUUUUAAAGAACCCGGGGACUGAACAGAGAGGCCCAGACCUACUAACUUGACGCUGUUGCAUACAGCAUUUCGAAAUUGCAGCUAGUUCGAGAUAUAUUUUAUCAUGCCAUUUGAAUUAAAGUGCCUGUGCUUCUUUCCUUUGGGCUUAUUUUGCCCUUCAUAAUGUUAAGCAGUGUUCGAAACCCCCAUUGUUCUAGGCGCAUUUUGUUACAGGGAAUUUCAUCAGCACAAGCAGUUUCUGAGCUCUGGGUGCAGUACUGCGCCUAAGAUUUCAGAUUAAAACUGCAGAGUGGAAGGAGAGGAGGACUUUUUUCCUGCCUCCCCAAUUAUAGCUACCCUACUUCUCGCUCCAUAAGACGCACCUGACCAUAAGACGCACCUAGUUUUUAAAGGAGGAAAACAAGAAAAAAAAUAUUCUGAACGAAACAGUGGAUGUAUGAUUUUUGUAGUUCAUGCUGUGGCCACAGACAUGUGAUUUGACGGGGAGUUUGGGGUCGCCUCAUGCAAAAAUCCUGAGGAUCCAUGUGGAUCCGUGCUUUGUAACCACGUUUCUGCGCCAUUGCGGCCCCACGAAACAGUGGAUGUGUGUGUGUUUUUUGGUGCAGGCUGUAGGCAUGGACAUGCUAUGUGAUCUGAUGGAGAAUUUGGGGUGACCCAGUGCAAAAAUCCUGCGGAUCCAUGUGCUUUUACCUCCCCCCUCCCAGGCAGCCUCCUUUUUCUCUAGAGGCCCUUAUCUCCCUCCCGAUCGCUUGCCGAUCAGCUGCUCAGCGGCUUUGUUUCAACACCCCUUUCCCUCUUGUUUGCCUUAGUGUCUUUUCCUUAGCUGGAGCAGUUUUUUGCUCCUCCUUUUCUUCUAAUUUCUCUCCUCAUUGCUUUAAUCUUCCUGUCUCCCCUUCUUGCAAGUUCGCUGUCUUUACCUCCCCCCUCUCAGGCAGCCUCCUUUAUCGCUAGAGUCCCUUAUCUCCCUCCCGAUCCCUUGCUGAUCAGCGGCUUUGUUUCAACACCCACUUUCCUCUUUCUAAAAAAAAAAAAGCACGAUCUGACAUUUCCCCUUACAUUUUAGGAGGAAAAAAGUGCAUCUUAUGAAGCGAAAAAUACGGUACUCUCUGAAGACUAGAGAAGAGAUGGUCUUAAGAAUAUUAGGGGUGGGUGGGCAGGGGAAGGACUAGACCAUGUGAAAGGCGAACGUAAUAUUUUAGCCGCAGUUUGUUCAUUUUCAGCUUUGUUUUCCUGUUUUUUAUAUAUAUUAAAAAGUGCCCUGUUGCACCCAUAACUUAGGUUUUAAGGUGCCAUUUAGCUCCUAGCUUCCUGUCUCAGUUUCUAACAUUGAUGUUAAGCGUAUAUUUCUCUGGUUAACGUGGUAUCUUCAGUGCUGUGAAGAUUGCCCUGUUUGACAGGAACAGAUUCCAUGUGGAGUAUUGCUUAUUAUUAUAAUAGAACACGCCAGGCUGUAUUGUGAGCUGCAUGUAGCUUGUGCUUGUCCCCAGAGAGAGAGAGAUGUGCAAUCUGAGUUUGUGUGACAUCACAGAGUCAUAGGCAGAAGGUUCCACACCGGAACUGUGACAGUUGGGGAAGCAGUUGCGGAGGAUGUUGUGAAGAGGGGGAGCAUCUGGGCCAUCUGUGGGGUGCAUACCAGACUACAUCCACGGCUGAUCAUGAGGCUUUCCUAAGUUAACAUCCCUCUGAACUGAAGGAGGACUGUGCAGACUGCCUUCUAUAUGAGGUUGUGCCUUUUUUCUCUAAAGAUCGCGUUGGGAAGGCUUGCUUUCAUAACUGGAAGUUAGAAUACCCAGGAGUGCAUGUUGCCUGUUUUAAAUCGUUGCUACACUAAUGCCUUAGCUAGUGAGCUCUGCACGUUCUAAAGCAGGGUGUCCCAAACUUGGGUCUCCAGCCGUGUGUUUUUUGGACUACAAUUCCCAUCAUCCCUGACCACUGGUCCUGCUAGCUAGGGAUGAUGGGAAUUGUAGUCCAACAAUAGCUAGAGACCCAAGUUAGGGAAAGCCUGUUCUAGAGGGACAAAUUCUUCAUCUGGACUGCAUGAGAUGCUGCUUUUUCUUUCCAUUGUGGCUUCUAAGGUUAAAAAAAAAAAAGGUAAAGGACCCUUGGAUGGCUAAGUCCAGUCAAAGGCGACUACAGGGUUGCAGCACUCAUCUCACUUUCAGGCCGAGGGAGCCGGCGUUUGUCCACAGACAGCUUUCCAAGUCGUAUGGCCAGCAGGACUAAACUGCUUCUGGUGCAACGGAACACUGUGACGGAAACCAGAGCACACGGAAACACCAUUUACCUUCCCACUGUGGCAAUACCUAUUCAUCUACUUGCACUGGUGUGCUUUCGAACUGCUAGGUUGGCAGGAGCUGGGACAAAGCAACGGAAGCUUACCCUGUCACGGGGAUUUGAACCACCGACUUUCUGAUCGGCAAGCCCAGGAGGCUCAGUGGUUUAGACCACAGCGCCACCCGUGUCCCUAGUUGUGGCUUCUGUCUUGACGUAGCAAGGGAAACCUUGCUUAUACAGUUUCUGCUCUGUUAACAUACAGGACCUAAGGGUCUCCCACAGAAAUUCAUUUUUAAAUUUUUUGCUCAGUAUGGAUUCGUAUGCCGGGAUGAAUGCGUUUACUUGGGAAUCCUAGGAGCACAGCAAAGGAUCACUUUCUAAGACCAGGAAGAAUCCAGUUAAAUGUGUAGCAAGGUGAGGAAUGGCUGCAACCUCUUUUCCAGCGAAUUACUAACUUGUCUGUUGUUUCUUCAGUACAGUUUGGUGAAAUGAAACAAGCCCAUCUCUUGCUCUUUGCCUCAGUGGUGGUGAUAACAUGCUGCAUGUAGCCCAGAGAUAACAUUUCCAGAAAUGCUGCGGCCAUGGAACCUUUUCCACAAAAAGAAAAGCAAAAAGGGAAGCAGGGUGCGUGUGCUUUAGAAUAAGUGCAAUGUUUACUUUCUUAAAUGUUUGUGUGUAACUUAAAUUGUCCUUCUUAGCCUGUUUAUAAAAUGUAAAAAAUAUAAAUGCUUUUGUUUUAAACAGCAAUCAGAAAUGUACCCGUUGUUAGAAAUGAAACUGCAAUCUGCUGGUUUCUAGAAGCACAGUCCUUUGCAUGUCUGCUUAUAAGUUCCCGUAUGUUAAAUAGAAAUUACUCCCAAGUAAGCGUGCAUAGGAUUGCAGCCAAAGGUAAUUUAGGAUUGCCUGCAUGCUAGAGUAAUUUAGUGCUGUUGAGGCACUGCUUUUCUGUAGCUAGCUGGAAGUGGAAUUAAAAUGGAGAUUCUAUACAAGACUAUAGCACCAUAUUAUCCAGCAGUCGCUGGAUAUGUUAUUCAGGUAAUGUUCUUUCCUGUUCUUUCCUGUUUUGUUGCUUUCUAUUUAUCCCAGCUUAAGGGCUUUUUAAAAUCAAUUUUAUAUCCUUUCCUUCCUCUUGAAAAGGAGCCCAGGAUGGUUCACAGCAUAAAAAAGUAUAGGGGGGAAAUGAAUAUUAAAACAUUUUUCAGAGUUGGAGAAUCACAAUCACAGAGCCUCCAGCUGUCCCUAUUUUUCAGGGACAGUCCUGGAUUUACAGAAGCCAUCUCGGUUUCUGAUUUGAUCCUGGAAUGUCCCGGUCUUCCUUAAGUCAUCCUGAUUUUCAUCAGAGAAAUGUUGCAGGGUGUGGAGUUAUGCGACCCCCCGAGCCAAGGAGAUAAGUAACUAUACAACCUUUAGAAGACAUCUAAAGUCAGCCCUGUAUAGGGAUGGUUUUUUAAAUGUUUUAUUGUGUUUUUAUAUGUGUUGGAAGCCACCCAGAAUGGCUGGGGCAAUCCAGUCCGAUGGGCAAGGUUUUAUUAUUAUUAUUAUUAUUAUUAUUAUUAUUAAUUCUUAUUAUUAUAUAGGACACCCCUAUUUUCAUCAGAGAAAUGCUGGAGGGUAUGCAAUCAGCAUGUAAAACAGCGACAUAUAAUAUAAUAGUGUCUGGUUUACUUUACAAAGGUUAAGGCAAGUCUCCAUAUGCUGAGAGAUAGUUGAGCGAUCAGCUAGGUACAGAGUCCCUAGGACAGAGAAAAUGUGGCUUUUGCUAUUUGUAGGCACAGAGGAGCCAAAGCUGCAUUCAAGAAGACAUCCACAAAUCUAUCCUUCAUCCUCAGCCUGGGUUCAAUGGGAAGAUAUUCUGAGUAGCUCUCCAGAGCUCACCAUGCGUCUAUGGUCUUCUGUAUCUCUUAACAGCAUUUCCAAUUGCCCCUGUUUCAGAUCACUCACCAAGUUUGCCGUUGUUCUUCUUAGGCUACAGAUGUUAAGUGCAGCCCUCCUCUCAAAAGAAAGGAUGAACCCGGGAAAUCGGAGGUUAUUUCAGGCAGGUAUGGUUCUUGCACACCUGAAUCCAUCACCACACAUAAAAUACAGGUAUAUUCUCUGCCAGCUCCAUCAUAUUAUUUAAGCGAGGAGCAGGUGGCGCUGUGGUCUAAACCACUGAGCCUCUUGGGCUUGCUGAUCAGAAGGUCAGUGGUUCGAAUCUGUGCGACGGGGUGAGCUCCCGUUGCUCUGUCCCAGCUCCUGCCAACCUAGCAGUUCAAAAGCACGCCAGUGCAAGUAGAUAAAUAGGUACCGCUGCGGCGGGAAGGUAAACGGCGCUUCCGUGCGCUCUGGUUUCCGUCACGGUGUUCCGUUGCGCCAGAAGCGGUUUAGUCCUGCUGGCCACAUGACCCGGAAAGCUGUCUGUGGACAAACGCCGGCUCCCUCGACCUGAAAGCAAGAUGAGCGCCGCAACCCCAUAGUCGCCUUUGACUGGACUUAGCCAUCCAGGGGUCCUUUACCUUUUAUUAUUUAAGCAAUUAUUUAAGCCUUUUAACAGGACACACAAGCACCGCCCCUGAAGCACCUCUGCAGCACUAUCCUCCUUUUUUUCCUGCCUUUUGACCUCUUUCCACACUUUUCAGUUUGUGUUGUUCUAUCUUACAGAGUCACCUUUCUGGGUGCUCCCCUGAAGAUGUUUUAGACAUCACCCUUCCUGUGAGAGUUAGCUUCCCCAGACGGAGGGGUGUAGCCUAUCUCUCCUCUGUCUGGGAGAAGGCCACUUUUUUUACCCUGGUCGCCACUGCCAGGUGUUUCCAUGCCAAGUGCUAAGGGCUCUUUUCUGGAAGAGGGCAUUGCCAGAGACUGAUACCAGGCACAAUUCUAAGCAAUUUCUGCUCAGUGAGACAACCUGGCUUCUCCCACUGUCUGUGGUUUUAGCCAAUGAGUGAAGUCGGAGCUCUGAUGGACAAAUGAGUUGUUGGACACCAACAACACUAAACCCUGGGGUACGAAAGAGCUGUUGUUUCCCCCUCCCCUUCAGUGCAUUUCUACAGUAUCUCUUCUUAUUUUUCUCCAAGGGAUCUCUGUAGUUUGCCCUGUUUUCCAGCAACUAGGAUGCAUAUUUCAUUGGGUUUGAUCAGAUACUCCCAAGGAGUUCUUUUCUGUAAGUUCUACUACACAGUAAACGUGGGCGGAUGUUAAAAGAAUCCCCCCCUCUCCGCCAGAAGCCAAAUGUUUGGAAAGAGGUUUAGGAAAUUCUCAUGCAGUGUGUGAGAUAAAGACCAGGCACUCAUGGAGAAUUCCCCAUAUUCUUAACCUGCAGUACAAUGGUAUACAUGGCUACUCAGAAGGAAGCCUCUGUGUUUAAUGGGGCUUGCUCCCAGGCAAGUGUGUAAAGGAUGGCAGCCUAGGCAUUGGUUUAGGGUUGGUAUUGAGGGACACGGGUGGCGCUGUGGGUUAAACCACAGAGCCUAGGACUGGCCGAUCAGAAGGUCGGCGGUUCGAAUCCCCGUGAUGGGGUGAGCUCCCUUUGCUUGGUCCCUGUUCCUGCCAACCUAGCAGUUCGAAAGCAUGUCAAAGUGCAAGUAGAUAAAUAGGUACCACUCCGGCGAGAAGGUAAAUGGCGUUUCCGUGCGCUGCUCUGGUUCGUCAGAAGUGGCUUAGUCAUGCUGGCCACAUGACCCGGAAGCUGUACACCGGCUCCCUCGGCCAAUAAAGCGAGAUGAGCGCCGCAACCCCAGAGUUGGUCACGACUGGACCUAACGGUCAGGGGUCCCUUUACCUUUACCAAUUGAGGAAAACAAGGUUCCUGUGCCUUUAGGAGCUGUGUGGCAGGCAGAAAUUAAACAGGUUGUUAGUUUGGAAACACAUUAGGGGAAAGUUUAAUCGUCACAGUACAGGUAGCGCCCCCACCCCAGUUAAUGUGCAUUCAGUAGGUGUGCAGCUGUGUAUAUGCACAUCGCACUGAACCCAGAAGUGACCCAGAAACGUCACAAAGGCGUCACUGAAACAUCACUAAAAGGACAUAACCUGGGGCAGGGCAAGGCAGAAUGGGGUGUUUGCAGGCUUUUUCAAUGGGUUUCAAUUAUACGCAAUUUCACACAGGCACGAGAUGCCUCGGAAGGUAACGCAGACGGGGAUCUGUCUGUACUCUCUCGUUUUGUGUUUUGUCAGGCCCCAAGAGCUGCCAUUUUGUGACUGGUGCCUACCGUACUUUCUCAAAAUUCCACUUGUGCCCACUGGCCCCAAAACAUUGGUGACUCCUGAGCAAAGCUUUAGUUGUGGUUCCUGCAUUGCAGGGGGUUGGAUUAGAUGACCCCUGGGUUGCCUUCCAACUUUGUGAAUCCUCAGAAUCACUAUGGAAGUGCUAAGUAUUAUUAUUAAGAAUUUGUGUUUUACUUUUAGUAGCUGGGAUUUAAAUUAAGGCUCCCCAGGCUGAACAUCUGGAGAAUGAUGAGAGUUCUUCCCCAUCUUCUGAUAGGAAAAAUACCUCGAUGGCUGACAGAAAACUUACACAAAAGUCACGUGUUCGUUUUUUAUUUACCAUUAGGCUAGUGGCCACUAAUUAAUGAUACGAUGUAGACUUGGAACAGCGGAAUAAAAUGUCACUUCGCUCUGAUAUGUUGGGACUUGAAGUACCAGAAGGUCCUUGACCUGGGACCAGAGGCAUGUUGGGCAGGAAUUAAGCAUGGCCAAAAACAGGAGUACUGCAAGAGACCCUAUGGAGUACCAAAUAAAUAAUUUUAACAGCCUGAUCUGAGUUGAAUGAAAGCUUCCACACCAUUUUCACUCACAGAUCUGAGCAGCAAAGACGCUCAAGUUGUGCCGUGUUCUUUAAAAGAAACUGCUUCGUAAACCACUGAGCAGGAGUUUGGACUGACACGUAGCUUCCACCUGGUGCAAAAGAAGUUGGGGUAAAGGUGUAGCUUGCAACAGGGGACUCCACAUUCCUGUGCGGUAAUCAGCAAAGAGAAAGAAAACAGUGAGACAGGUGCUUUGAGGUUGUUUAACUUUAGCACUGCCGCGUGGUAGCAGUUUCUGCCAUUUCCAAUAUAGAAUGUUAAGUGAAUAACGUCGUUCUACAGCCUGCAGAGAAACAAGCUUGAAACACAGAAAAUGGAAACAACAGAAUCAGAGGGUUACGUGAGUGAAGAUGAAGACGUAGCCAAGAGACUGUCUACCCUGCCCAGAGGUACCUACAUAGAUAUCUGCAUCAGCUGGUAUAAAUCUCAUUUACCUUUUGGUCUCAUUGAAGCAACGCCAUUAUUAGUAGUAGUAGUAGUAGUAGUAGUAGUAGUAGUAGUACACUGGUUGCCCCAGCCACUCUGGGCAGCUUCCAACAAACAUAAAAGCAUAAUAAAGCCAAACAUUAAAACUUCCCUCUACAGUUGUACCUUGGAAGCCGAACGCCUUGGCUCCUGAACGAUCAAAACCUGGCAGUGAGUGUUCCGGUUUUGGAACGAUUUUUGAAAGCCGAACGUCCAGCGCGGCUUCCACAGGUUCUCAUUGGCUGCAGGACGCUCCCGCAGCCGAUCGGAAGCCGCGUUAUGUUCGAAAACCAAGGUACCACUGUACAGGGCUGGCUUUAGAUGUAUUCUAAAAGUUGUAUAGUUAUUUAGCUCCCUGACAUUUGAAUUUACUGUGUAGUAGCAUCUACAGAAAAUAACUUGUAGUGAAUACCUGAUCUCAGGUAAUGCUCCCAUGAUGGCAUAGUUGCCCAUCAUGACUGGAGUAUCUUCUUUCCCCUUCUUAUGUCCCAUGCAGAGGUCAGGAUAGCAGCCUUUGAGACCUUGUACCAUAGGGCCUUGGCUGAGUUGGGAAUAGGCAGGUACCUUUCUGUGGAGAGUCCUGUCCACCCGACCUCUCCAACCAAAAGCAAAUGAUUCCUUUUAUAUCAAUCUGAUAGGGGCGCCACUUGUCAGUGAUGAAGAGUUGACUGAAAUGUCAAAGAUAUCGCAAAGGAAAAGCGGUUCAAACUGUAAUACUGAAAAUCUAAUCCAGAAGCUUCAAAAGCAGAUUGAACAGGAAGAGGUUCUGAAGGAAUAUGUGGUGAGUGCUCUACCUCUUCAGGCCUGAGUGUUGCUAUUUCAGCAGCAAUAAGCAGAAUUAUUUUCCUCUAUUAUGAGACAAUUGUGGUACUGUACCAGUAUUGUUACGGUGCAGUCCGUACCCAUGUCUGCUCAUGAAUUCGGUAGGGGUUGCUUCCCGGUAAGUGUGUACUGAUUUAAAGUAUCUCUGAAAUAUUGAGAGAAAGAUGUGUUCUGUUUCUGGAAGAAGGUACAGAAAACUCCAGUUUAGAUGCUUAGAAAUACCAUGACAAUUCUAAUAACAUUUAAGGUUUAGUAGACAUGAAUGCUAAGGACGCAGGUGGCACUGUGAGGUAAACCACUGUGCCGCUUGGGCUUGCUGAACGAAAGGUCGCGGUUCGAAUCCCCGUGACGGGGUGAGCUCCCAUUGCUCUGCCCCAGCUCCUGCCAACCUAGCAGUUCGAAAGCACGUCAAAGUGCAAGUAGAUAAAUAGGUACCGCUGCGUUGGGAAGGUAAAUGGCGUUUCUGUAUGCUGCUCUGGUUUCGCCAGAAGCGGCUUCGUCAUGCUGGCCACAUGACCCGGAAAAACUGUCUGCUGAAGUGGACAAACGCCGGCUCCCUCGACCUGUAAAGCGAGAUGAGCGCCACAACCCCAGAGUCGUUCACGACUGGACUUAAUUGUCAGCAGUCCCUUUACCUUUAGACUUGAGUGCUAGCUAUGAAUCAGAUGGAUUAUCUCUUACAAAAAAAAGAGAGGAAAAAUGGAUUCACUGAAUGCACACACAUAAAACCCCCACAUAUAUACUCCUACUCAUGUCUCUGCAAAUGAAGGAUGUUGAAUUUUACCUUUCUUUUAGAGCUUAGAGCACAUGAAGCCAACCGAUGACUGCCAGAUUGCAGCAGCAGCAGAAAACCGGGAAAAGAACAGAUACCGAGAUAUCCUCCCAUGUAAGGAAUUGUCUCUGUGGCAGUCUAGGGAGAACGUGGGGGAAAUGCAUGAAUGAGGACCGAACGUGUAAUUUGCUCAAUGCCAGCUCAGCUGAUUAGAGUGUGUGGUGGGUUGGUUAGAACAUUUACCUGUGAUUUUAAAUCUUGGACCUAGGCCUUAAGAUUUUCCACUGGACAAUUACAAUAAUUCGAUUUCAUUCUGAUAUGAGAAACCAGCUCUAUAGCUCACACACAAUUUACAGCUCAUGUGUAUAUUAUAUAUUUACUUGCUUUGGGGGGUUUUGUGUGUGUGCCUAUAACUCAGUAGCACUCAACAGACUGGACUUGUUCUGAACCUGGUCCCUAAGGGAUUUAAUCUAUGUACAUCUCCAUCCACACAACUGGAGAGCUACAGCCUAUCAACUUGCAGCUCUUGCUCCAGGCUCUCGUCCUGGAUGGUGCUGAUUUUCUGGACCCAAUCCAGUCGGGCUCCAGCAUGGUUUGAGAAUGAAGUGCCUUCAGUCAAUCUGGUGGGUGACCUGACCAAGAAACUAUAGGUAGCGGGUCUCCUUGUUGAUUUUCCUAGACCUCCCAGCUGUGUUUUAUAUUCGGCCAUGAUAUACUCCGUCUUAGAGGGGAAUUGGGACACUAUUUGCAGUGGUUCCUCUUUGUUUGUUUGUUUGUUUGUUUGUUUGUUUGUUUGUUUGUUUAGAAAAGGUAUACUCUGCCCCUUCAGUAUUGCUACUUCCAAGGCAACUAUUGAGACCAAUGAAACAGAUAAAAACAGCACCACACAGGCAAGCUGUAAACAAAUAGAUACAUACGUGGGAUAUUUUGUUAGAAAGCACCCCAUGUUGAUAUUGUCAGGAGCUCAGCCUACACUUGAGUAGGACCCUGGUAGAGACACAUGCCCGACUGGCAUGUUCUCCUGGUCAAUCAUUCGGAAGCAUCAAAAGCUUUCUUCAGUCCGAACAUCACAGCGACCAAUGCGAACAGACACCGACACACUUAGGGAUCUGCAGAGUUUGCGCAUCAUGCGUAACAGACCUCAGCAACUCAGCAUUUUGGCUAAUUUAAUAUGUAAAUAAACACACACGGAGCACUGCAACAUGGCUCCCUCUCUCUCUAGCAUCAGACAGCAAAGAGAAAAAGAACAAAGGACAAUAGUCCCACUUCACAGAACACAGUAACACAAACAUCCUGUCUCUGUCACUUCCCACUCUGCGGAGUCAAACCAUAUACCGUCAUGUGAUAGACAACAAUCCCAUGACUGCAAUCACGGAGCAGGAAUUCUAACAACUAUUUCAUGGUGUAGUCUGCAGACUGUAGAGAAGGCUUAGAGGCCUGGAAGGGCUCAUCUGUAUUCCUUCCUAGACGACAAAACACGGGUUCCCCUAGGAGAGGCUGAAGGCUACAUCAACGCCAGCUACAUCCGCGUGCCAGUGGGCAAGGAAGAGUUCUUCUACAUCUCCACCCAGGGGCCUCUGCCUUCCACCGUGAGCGACUUCUGGCAAAUGGUCUGGGAAAACCAAUCCAAUGUCAUUGCCAUGAUAACAAGAGAAACGGAGCGAGGAACAUCCAAAUGCCACCGCUACUGGCCUGAGACCCCCCAGGACACUCUAAUGGAUCUGAGUCAGUUUCAGCUGCGAAUGAGUAACUACCAGAUCCUAGACUGCUUCAUCAUUAGAGUGAUAGAAGUUACAAAGAAACAGGUAUGGCGUCCAGGUUUACACAAGAAAGAGACUUGUCACAGAUGCCAAGCUUGCCCUAUGCACAUAAUGAGAAUAGUGAUUAAUAAUAAUAAUAAUAAUUUUUUAUUUAUACCCUGCCCUCCUCAGCCAAGACCGGGCUCAGGGUGGCUAACAACCAAUAAUAAAAACAAGUUGAUUAAAAUACAAUUUAAAAGAUUAAGAUACAACAUUAAAACAUUAGGGUGCAAUCUCUUCAUAGGAGGAGAAAGGAAAAAGAAAGAGGGGGAGGGAAUCAAACUGAUUCUAAGCCAAAGGCCAGGCGGAACAACUCUGUCUUACAAGCCCUGCGGAAAGAGAUCAGAUCCUGCAAGGCCCUGGUCUCAUGAGACAGAGCAUUCCACCAGGCCGGAGCCAGUGUUGAGAAGGCCCUGGCUCUGGUUGAGGCUAAUCUAACUUCCUUGGGACCUGGGACCUCUAGGGUGUUGCUAUAUAAGGUCCUCCGUGGGGCAUAUCAGGAGAGGCGGUCCCGUAGGUACGAGGGUCCUAGGCCGUGAUUAAGUUAUAUUUGUUUGCUGAAUUUUUCUUCUCUUCCGUUUGCACGAGGAAAGUGAUGGUUGAGCUAUGUGCAUCAUUAGAAUAGUGAUUAAGCUGCCUUUCUUCGCCCAAUAUUUCUUCUCUUCUGUUCAGUGAUGCCAAAUCAGCACAAGUCUCCAGCCUGCCUGUCUGAUAAUAUUGUUUCCAGUCUUGCGCAUGGCAAGGCAUUCAAUCCUCCCCUUUUGGAGGAAGUGUUUUGGAAGAUGUGCAUUUUGGAACUGUUAAUGAGUUGUGUCCUGCUUUGUAAUGCCUUUGCCUAAGUACGUUUCCCUGUUGCCUGUGACCUUGGCUGUUACAAUGCUGUUUCAAUGUUCAAGAUGCGGGAAUAUAAGACUUCUCAGAGAGGCAUCUAGUAAUCCUGUCCCUUCACAGCCGCCUCGUAGGUGGAAAGGGAAGAGGCCAAGACAGCGGUUGACCGCUGGGGGGUGGGGUGGGGACAACAUUUAUUUUAUUUACCGUAACAAAUGAAUUGUAAUCAGUGCUUUUUUUCUUAAAAAAAAUAUUUAGGGGUACUCUCAUUUUGACUCAUGAAAAUCACCAUUUUAUAGUUCACUUCAGGAAAAAUAAAUACAGUAAAUGUACAAAAGUACAAAGAUUCACAAAAAUGUUUGGAGGUAUGCGUACCCCCAGGAAAAAAAGCACUGAUUGUAAUAAAACUUUUAAGAGGUUUACAAAAAUUAAAAACAGAAUAUAGUGGUACCUCGGGUUAAAUACUUAAUUCGUUCCAGAGGUCUGUUCUUAACCUAAAACUGUUCUUAACCUGAAGCACCACUUUAGCUAAUGGGGCCUCUUCUUUUCUUAUUCUGAAGCAAAGUUCUUAAUCUGAAGCAGUAUUUCUGGGUUAGCAGAGUCUGUAACCUGAAGCGUAUGUAACCUGAAGUGUAUGUAACCCGAGGUACCACUGUAUUAAAAUUAUUAUUAAUAAGAGACUGUUAAAAGCAGGGCUUGCAUAGGGGUUUUGUGUUGUUAGUAGCGUCAGGGGACGCAGACUGCAGAUUUCGACUGAAUUGCUUGCUUUCCCGAAUUCUGAUUUUGAGAAGAGGGGAAUCUUCCCAUGACUAAUUGCGUAACGGCUAGUUCUUUGACUCCUUCUGCUGUAGACACUUGAGAAGCGCUCUGUGCACCACCUCCAGUUUACAUCCUGGCCAGACCACGGCACUCCCACGUCAUCAAAAGAUCUUGUCAAAUUUGUCCGAUACAUGAGAAAAAUCCACCAGUCAGGCCCCAUCAUCACUCACUGCAGUGCCGGGAUUGGAAGGAGUGGAGUGCUGCUUUGUGUGGAUAUUCUGUUGAGCUACAUCGAAAAAGAUAUGCCUGUAAGUUCACUAAAAUCCUCGUUCCAUCCUUAGCAGGUAUGCUGUGUUGGGAUGCUCGCUAUGUGCACAGGCAGUGAGAACAUAAAGGUGAGGGGAAAGGCUGAAUAGACUGGUGGGAGUUGUGGUGAUCUCGGAAUCAAGAGACCCAACUGUGGACUCAUGGUUUUGUAGAAUCACAGAAUUGUAGAGUUGGAAGGGACUUUGAGUGUAUAGUAAUGAUCUCUGUCAGGUGAGCAGCCUGAUAAGCAGCGAAAGACUCUCCGUCAGUUUUAUACAAGUUUAUUUAAAAGAAAAACACAUUCAGAGCAUGGUGUUCUGCCUGCUCUCAUUAAUCUUAGUUGCUCAGUCUGACUCAUCGUUCCUCCCCCAACAAGAAGAUCGCCAAAAUUCUGCCUUUCGUCUCCUUCCUUUCUGUUGCUCUCCGAGCUUUUAUAAUCUCCUCGUUUUAAGACUACAGGGCUGGGCUACCUCUUCCUCAGAAGACUCAGCCUCUGACACUGGCUUAUCUGCUGGUUGCCUGGCAGCACCUUAGUCGACUUCCAACUCUUCCUCCCCUUGGGAGCUAACUGCUUCUUCCCUGGAGAGGAGGGACCGCAGGCUGCUCUCUCUAAAAUCAGACAGACAGUUCUCAUCUACAGUCAGCCUUUUCUUCACUCGGCUCUAUUUCCGAGGCUGACUCUUUUGCUGAGCUCGGGGGGGGGCGAUGUUCCUGACACCGAGAGUCCUCUAGUCCAGCCCCCUGCAAUGCAGAAAUCUCAGCUAAAGGAUCCAUGACAGAUAGCCAUCCAACCUCUGUUUAAAAACCUCCAAGGAACCUCCCCAUUUGCCAUGAACUCUCCAGGUGGCAUCAGAAAGCCAAAGGCUUGUCUCAGCAUUAGCUUCUUCCUAGCUAAAAUGCAGGGAUAAGAAUACUGACUUGCCUCAAAAGGGUUCUUGCGGGGGUACCCCAUUAUUAUCAGAAGUUUGAUGUGGGCUCCGGCUGCCCUCUCCUACUGGUCCCCAAGGGUGGCAAAUAAGUCGGCCUUCUUUAUUCCCGCAGUUUGACAUCAAGCAGAUAGUAACGAAUUUGCGGCAACAGCGCUGCGGCAUGAUUCAAACCAAGGUAAGGAGAUCGAGCUCAGUUGUCUCCUUACACAAACUGCACGGAGUUAAGUGGUUUACUUGUGCAAGAACAACGAGCGACUCUCAAAGCCUGAGAGCAGGAGCUGCCUACUUUUUGCUUCCCAUUGUGAAGAGGCCUUAGCAAUCAAUUGUGUCAAGGAUGUGGCUCAGAAUCUAGGCUUCAUUUGUGCUUGGGGUUAUCCACCUGAGCCAAGGAGCCUGUUUUAGUAUCAUUCUCUCUCGAAACCUGCAAAACAAGGGUGACUUUCUCUGUGGAAGGAGUAGCAGGAAUUCUGCAGUUUUUAGACACUAUUAAAACCCCUGCGCUCCCCCCUUUGGGAGAUUAACUGCAUCUUAUUAGCAGGGAGAUGCAUCUCUGUCAUUUUACAGUCCACUACAGAAAACCCAGAGAACAAUUUUUCCCUUUAAAAAAUUACAUUUGAUGGUUCAUAGAACCUUUCCGUAUUUGGGUCGUUUUAUAAAGUUUGAAAAAGGUGUGUCUUCUGGUCCCUUAGCAGUGCAUGCUCUCUUGCUUGGAUCCUGACCCAAACAUUGCAAAUCCUCUGAAAAGCCAAUUAAAUGAUCUUGCAAUUAUGUGUGUGCAUGGAUGUUUAAUUUCCCAAGGGAGCAGGAUUUCAGUUCCAUUGGAAUUGGGCUUGUGAUUGGAUUUUUCAAAACCCGUAACUGGCCCUGUAUAGUAAUUUAGAGAGAGCAAAAGCAAAUGUUCAAAAGGGGAGGGGAGGUCCUGCUUGCUUUAUCUUAGCAGAGUUUCCCAAACAUGGGUCUCCAGCUGUUUUUGGACUACAAUUCCCACCAUCCCUGACCACCGGUCCUGCUAGCUAGGGAUGGUGGGAGUUGUAGUCCCAAAACAUCUGGAGACCCAUGUUUGGGAAAGCCUGACUUAGAGCCUUGGAUUAGCUCAGGAAAUGAAGCCUGUUAUUUCUGGUUGUUGUUUCCAGGUAAGUCAGUGCAACGUCAAGUCUAUCUGAGGUGAGCAGGGGCAAGCUUGCCCAUCUCUCUCUCUCUGUUUGCCACAGUUCUUCAGGGGGAACUACUCCUGAUUUGAAGGAAAAACCUAAAACCGAAAUAGUACUAUAGCAGCUGUGGGAAUGUUCAGGGAUGCAGGAGAGGAUAUAUUGUCUGAUUAUAUCCUUAUCCAACUUGUGUUAACAAGUUCCACAAUUUCAGCAGAGUAACAUUCCCCUUAUUUUAAACUUUGCAACGGAUGUGUUUGCUCAGGCUCGCUAAAGCCUCUAUAAUAACUGUUCUGGUAUUUUCCCCUUAUUCCCUCAUAAAAUAUAAGAGACGACACAGUCUUUUACAAAAGUAUAAAAAGAGUUUACUCACAUUCUGUUCACAAUCAGAUCCCAGAAGGCAGACUUAGCUUAAUGAAGUAACAUACACUUGGAAUCUAUCUCGUAAGAAGACAGUCCCUUCGUCCUCUCUUGGCUGGAAGCCAAGAGGGCAUCUUUGGCUUAGUAGAUGUUGUUUCUUCGAUGCAUGUGGUGAAAGAGAGAGAGAUGGCUGCCCUGCCCUGUGCUUUUGUCAUUACCUGCACAGGUGAGGCCACACCCACCUCUAGUCACAUGCAGAGGAAGUCUAUCCCAGCCCAGAAGGAAACAGGAAGUUUACCUGCUGGCUGGACAAAUAUUCCUCCCCAUGUGUAAACAUGUUCACUCUAGGAAUGUUGUAUUUGACUGCUCUUGUGUUUCACAUCCUACAGCAGCAAGCAUUAGCCAAGCGAUUGUCCCCACUGAAUAGUCUCUUUCUGAUCUGCUUGCAUUAGGAGAGGUGGCUUCUAAUCCGUUGCUUUGCAAAGAGAACUAUAAAUACGAGAGUAAUGCAGGUAGAAAAUAAAGUAGCCUUUGGCUCAAGGUUAUGCCAAGUUUUUUCUGCAACACAUUCCUUGAGUCUUUGCAGACUCAGCAAUGAAAUGUUUCUGCUCUGGGAAAGAGAAGGGAGACACAGAUUGUCCCAGAGCCAGAAAAUUCAUGAGCCUAGCAAGUUUUCUCUGUCUUUCAUCCUAUGAUAAGGAAUAUAACUGGCUGUUUCCUUCUUCAUGCCCAGGAGCAGUAUAUGUUUUGCUAUGAACUAGCUCUUGAAGUCUUGAAGAACAUUCAGAGCACGAAUUCCUAGCCGGCGCAAUAAGCAAAGCCACGCUGCCGCCACCUGUCUCAGAUCCGCCUUGUUACUUGAAACUCUUUCCAUCGAGAUGGCCAUGAGAGGUGCUGUACAAGUAGGGGAUUUUUUUUUCCUGUUUCAGGGCUUGACAAACGUGGAUUUCUAAAGCUUUAUGCAGGCAAAGUUGACACAGUGGGUGUAGACAAAUGUCUGGUAACUAGCCAUAAAAAAAUCUGCUUGCAACUGAAUUCAGUUCUGCUAGUAUUUGUAACGGUUUGGGCUUAAUGGCUGCGUGGCUCUGUCCCUCGGAUGAAUGGCAGCUGGAAGGAAGUAGACUUUAAGCCACACAGGACCUUGCUGUCUUCACCUACCUGAAAAAGGGGGGGCUGUGUUUUGAAUAGAGGUGGCUUGUUUGAUAUGGCACUGCCCCCGCCCCAUUCUCAUUCAAGCUCCUGAAAACCCAGGUAUCCUUGGCUGCUUCGCUUUAUCACUGGUGAUAGGACAGAGCCAGUGUGGUGUAGUGGUUAAGAGCGGUAGUCUCGUAAUCUGGGGAACCGGGUUCGCGUCUCCGCUCCUCCACAUGCAGCUGCUGGGUGACCUUGGGCCAGUCACACUUCUCUGAAGUCUCUCAACCCCACUCACCUCACAGAGUGUUUGUUGUGGGGGAGGAAGGGAAAGGAGAAUGUUAGCCGCUUUGAGACUCCUUAAAGGGAGUGAAAGGCGGGAUAUCAAAUCCAAACUCUUCUUCUUCUUCUUCUUUAAGUAGAAGAUGAAACUCACAGAGAAAGUGUUUUAGCAGUUACAGGAGACAACGUUUUUGUCACCAGGACUGUGAAAUGACAGGCACCUCAUCUUUUUAUCCAGUGUGUUUUGAUUCAAGAAAAGUAGUGGUUGGCUGGCUGGCUGGCUGGUUUUUAAUAACAGAAUGGCCAUGUAUGUAUGCAUCUAGUACACUAGACUUCUGAAAUUUAGCUGCCCAACUAGAAUGGCUUCUGCAGGGAAUCUGUGAUGCAGCCCUUUGGAUAAAACGAGAGGAUGCCAGGUUUGCAUUGGAGUCAUUCAUGUUCUUACUCUCCCUGCAAAAACCCAUGUCCUGAAAUUUCAACACAGUUUCCAAAAGGAGAAUGAAUUGUCAUGAAGGAACGAACAGAGUUUUGUACAUAACGUAAGUAAGGUGUGCUAAGGAGAAUGGUGCAAGUGCCAUUUCUGAUUGAGCCAGAGUUUCCAAACUUGCAGCCGGUAUCUGUAACAGCUGCCUGGUCCCCAAGCCAGCAGCAAAAAGCUACAGCUUUUGCCACUCUUCACACAUCUCAAGUUACAUGGUUCCCCGCCCCCCUACAUGCCAAGUCAAUCUCUGGGAUGGAAAUUUAAUAAUCAUGAAGCAACCCUCCGAACCUAUCUAACUUCUCCAUGUCUAUAAUCUUGUGAUAGACGAGUUGAACUCCCUUCAUCGCUGUCCAUUGGCCAUGUUGGUAAGGACUGAUGGGAAUCCAAAACAUCUGGAGGGUACCAGGUUGGCUAUCCUGAUGCAAUCCAUGACAUCUUUGUGGUGUGCCUUACAAUGAAAUUACCCAUCACAAGAGAAAUCUGGGUGAUCAACCCUAGGUCUCCCUCCCAACACUGUAUGGCUGGCGGCAUUUGCCUGGGAGAAUUAGCAGGCUCACUCCACCAUUUAAGAUCAUCCCCCAGCUGUGCUCCAAACUCAGGGGGGAAAUGACCCGGCUAGGGGCAUCUGCUGGGGAGAAUUGGCGGGUGCAGGAGAGCCCUAGUCUGCUGAUUCUCUCAUGCCUGUGGGUUUGGUACCAAACUUUUGCCAAGGUGAUGCUUUUCCAGGAGAGAUGUUUUGGAAGCAGACUGCCUAGAGAAAGAAGGUCACCUCCUUUUAGAAACAGGCAGUAUACACAGUUAAGUGUGGGGAUGUUCAGGGAGGCAGGAGAGGAUGGAUAUAUUGUUUAUUGUUGCGCUAGCAAGUUCCUUUACUUAGCAAAGUUUCACAUCCCCCUUUUAAACACACAGCAGAUAGCUGGUUGCAAGCUUCUGUAAGUUCCCUUAAUAUCCCUCUUAAAAGAAUAAAGACACCACAGUCUUAUUCAUAAGUAAAUAAAAAAAGUUUACAUACAUCAGGCAGAGCACAGUGUGAUCCCUGAAGGCAGACUUAGUUACAAAGUAUAUACAUGUAGAGUUAUCCUAUAUGGGGAUAAUCCCAGUGUCUUCCGUUGGCUGGAAGCCAACAGAGCAUCUCUAGCUAAAAAGCUGCUCCAACGACGGAGGAAGUAAAAGAGAGAGAGAGAGAGUGCUUUGUGCCUUGUCCUUUUUGUUACCUGGACAGGUAAGGUCACACCCACCUCUAGUCACAUGCAAAGGAAGUAUGUCCCAGCCAGGAGGAAACAGGAAGUUUUCAACUGGCUGGACCAAACAUUCCCCUGCAUGUCCACUCUAGGAAAACAAGGAAUGUUGUACUUGACUGCUACUUAUGUAUUGCAUCCCACAUUAAGAGUUUCAUCGUAGACUUUUGCCUGCAAUACUGCACCUUACUCUGCAAAAUGGUAAUAAAUAGCUUGUGUUUAAAUCACGAGCUGGUACAAGAAGACCAAGACCAUCAAACACAGCCAAAUGUUCCUCAUGAUCAAAUUGUUCCGAGGGUGAAUUUGGAGUUUCUGCUCUCACCAGCCUGAUUCUGAGUCUCACUAUUAUGAACAUUGCUGAAGAGGCCUGCACUCCCACUGGCUGGAAGUAGUUCAAGGUUUUUACAUAUGUAUCACCUUAAAUGAUGCAGAACUUCAUUUAAGGUAAAACAUAUAGCUAGGUACUGAUGUACUUCCUGCCUGUGGGUGGACCAAGAGAGUUUUUUAACCUCCAAAUUAUGAGUUGCUUUUCCUUCCUUUCCAUUCUUUUCUUCAGUGUUUUUAUUAGCCAAAUUUAGCUGCAGAAAUAUUACAUUACAAGGUUGUAUACAUAUUGAAUGUCAUAUUUAAAACUGCAUACAUGGGACAAAUUAUUUGUACCAGUUUGAUUCAAAACAGUUUGCGAAUGAAAACGUUUACCAACUUUUGCUC